AUGAAUACUGAAUAUCUUUUACAACAAGAUAAUGGGGUAAAAAAAACUUUGGACCCAAACAAUCAAACUAUUAAAAUACUAAACAAUACCAUCAAAAAUGCCAAUGCUGAAGAUAUUAAAAAAGAACUUUCAACUUUAAUAGAAAAAGUAGAACCAUAUAAUCCUAAGGACCCAGAUAAUUUUUUAAAUGAUACCUCAACAAAAAAAAGAAAACAAGGUAAUGACCAAUGCGCUUUUUUCAGUGUAACUGAAUCAAUAGAUCAAUUUACUCCAAAUCCAAAUUUUAAAAUAAACCUUGGUAUUGUAAUAGAAGAAUACAAAAAUUAUAAAGAAGCGGAUAUAUAUGGCUGCAUAACUCUAUCUGUAGUAGCAGGUGUUGUACCAUUAAAAUUUGACAUAGAUGUUGACCUUGUUGUAAAAGGAGAACCAGUUAUACAAAUGGUUAUUACAGCUUUGGAAGAGAAUAAAAAAAUAUCUUUCGCGAUGGAGCUUCCUAAAAAACUAUGGGUCACAUUCGAAAAAAAGGCCAAAGGAGAGAUGGGGCUUGAAAAAGUAUGGAACACAUUCAAAGAAUAUGCCAAAGGUAAAAAGACAAAAUCCGAUAAAGAAAGUAGUGAAGAGACAAUUAGACAUGCAAUGAAUAUUGUUGGUUACAACAAAAAAAAAGAAUGUUUCAUCAUCAAAAACUUUUGGGGAGAAGAUAAAUUCAUUUAUCUUCCUUUUAAGAUUUUCGAUUUAGAAUUUAGCGAAGUAACAGAUCCAACAUUUUGCUUUUUUUAUGAAAAGAAAAAAUAA